AUGGCUUCGUGGCCUCACAUUAUUGCCGUAGGAACUCAUUUCGCGCACUGCUAUCUUCUUCACUUUCAACUGGCUGAGCAAAACGCAGAAAACGGGCAUGCACCCGUGACUGUGAAGCUUACGGAUGGACCUUUUCACUCUGGGAACGACCUCGUCUACACUUCCGUGGAUCCAUGUACGGGCCAUUCGUUCUCAAAAAAGCUCCCUUUAGAAACAGUUCAUGUCACUUGCAUAAGUUUUCUGGAGAAGAGUCGUACCAUUUUAGUCGGAUUUUCAUUUGGAGGAAUUAUGACGAUAUCUUUGACUACCAGCCCAACGAUUGAUCCCCUGAUGUAUCCUUGUGGCGCUGCGGUGAAGUUUAUAGCGACUCUGGAACCUGAUGAUGAUCCACGAUCACAUUUGUGGUUCUUCGUUGCAUAUGGAACAACAAAGGCUAAGCCUCUGCAGUUAGCUCUUUAUGAAGUGAUGUUCCCAGACGAGGAAGCUCUUCCACUAAAUGAACGCACAUGGAACAAGCCAGUGUUCGCUAUCAAGCUUGUGAUCCCUUUCCACAACUCGACGCGCUGGGUAUCUGCGCAAACUCUGGUGCGUGAUCGCGCAGAACUUCGAAGCAAUGACGACUCUACCAGAGACAGCUUCAAAUUUGGCUCUGAUAAAGAUAGAUCAUUGAUGUUCUUCUCUUAUAUUGGUAAGGAUCGACAUGGAAAUAGCUUGAAGGGUGGCCUUUUUGAUCUCAAUGCUUACUACUACAAACGACUGGUGCAGGUAAUUGCACACGAUGGAACAGCUGCACAGCAAUGUGCAUUCCUCUCCACAGUGCAUCCAAUUCCUAUAUCCCAUAAAGAAAAAGAUUACUCACUUGUCAAGGACGUAGCAGUAGAUACCUCCUGCAUUACUCGCUUUGUAUCCAACAUAAGUGAUGCUGAUCAGAUGUUUUAUCCUUCGGCAUUUGAGAUCGGUGUUGUACAUGUAGCUGGCGCCAAAAAGUGCUAUCAACUCACUCUACCUAGCCUUCCGAAUCAGAUGAAGAGUUUUCGUAUAAAACUUAAACUAUAUUCGCAAAUUGCAAGCAGUAUUGUUGAAGUGUCUACACUUCCUGUUUUCGUUUAUCAAGGAAUUGAGCUUUUGUCCACCAUUUGUGCGGACCUUGAAAUGCAUAUCACUGAUGCUACAUCGGCGUCGGCAUGGCUCACUGCUCUAGGUUUUCCUAGAAAGCAAGUUGGAGGGACAGAACAGUAUGCCAACCUUUGCUAUAUUCUGCAUACGUUGAUAAGUCAUCAACGCGGUAUUUCUAUCGUGCACUUCAUCAAGCAUAGCGAAUCGACCGAAUUGCGUCAUUUGAUCGCAUCAUGGAUUUGGGAAGAAGUAGACAGAGCGUCAAAGAAAAUGCAUGAGACAAUUGAACCACUAUUCGCAAGAUUUUCCGCUCCACUUUCUCCAACUGGGCAGAAGUCUUUAGCGCAUGUGCAUGAUGUAUUUGUGGCAGGCGUGCAAAUUCUGCGGGAACUGAUUAGCACUGGAGAACGAGAGCAAGAUCAAACGAAGGAAUACAUCACAAGCCUAGAAGCGCAACGUUUUGCGACCGAAAAUCUCAAAUCGUACUCGUCCGUCAUUCAUCAGUUAAUCAGAUCGAGAAUUCUUCCCGUGGCUGAGGACCGAGAGAUACGACUAGCAAUGGAGGAAGCUUUGGAAGAACGAAGAGUAAAGGCUUCGGGGCAGCAGCUCUACAUCGAUAAGUUAGUCACUCGCAUGCAACGUAAGUCGCCAGGUGAACCAUUUUGGCUUGCGGAAGGUUUGAAAUGGUAUCCGCCAGCCCUUCUGAAUCUUCUGGGCCCUAUUUUGCUCUUGAAUAUUCCUGCAAAGUGGAAAGGUCAACUGCUCGCUUACUAUCUUUUUGAUUACACUAACUGCAAGAAGGUCAACGGAAAUAUCCCUUGCUCGCCAUUUGAUCUUUUCGAUCACGUGACGAAACAGAUGCAUGGUUUAUUAGGAAUGAAGAAGGAGGAGUUGUGGAGCUUAUACAAGUUUUGGCGAGCCGAUGCUGGAAUGCCACUAAGUGAAAACGAGGAGAAUGAACAAUGUUCUCCUCGAAAACGUUUAUCCCACGAUGUUGAAAUCAAGCAGAUAAUGAGUAUUCCCCGUCCGCUUACUCUUGCAGAAGAAGAAAAAUUACAAUCUUUACUGAAGUCUGUCCGCUAUGGCGAGUUUGUUUGGCAGUGCUAUUUAGCAAGAUGCAAAAAGUUCGACGAAUUUAAAGAGCUUAUUGUUCCUUCAAAUGAAAGUAAUGAGUUUAUACUGGAGUACCAACAGCUACUUCCUGUUGUGCGGAUGCUUCGGCGUAGCAAGCGGCUCUCUCCGUUGACUCAGAUAUCAUGGCCAUCGGAAAUGAAGCAAACGAUUGAGAAUUUUGAGCAAGAAUGGCGUUCUUCACUUGGAUGGUAUGACACCGGUAUCCCAAUUCCCAGUCGCGGGAAGACUCCUAAGUCUCUAAACAUCAAACGGCAAUACAACACUGAUGGGCUUCUGUCCAGAAAACGUAAUGCGACAACUACUUUACAGCAGAUGAAUUUAACUUCACCCCAAACUUCCACUGAGUCAGACAAGACAACAUCUACUGCUAAACGUGCGCUUUUAGACUUCAGUGAGGACGACACUACUUCUCUUCCAAAGAAUAUCCCUGCAACUACUUUGAAUACCAUAACCGAUAUUCUGAGAACCCCUCAAGCUCGUGCGCGUGCUGCUGCGCAAGCUGAAUCACAACGCAAGUGGAUUGAAAAGACUCCAGAAGCUGAGUUUCAGAAACCUGUGCCACGGAGUAUUCUCAAGUCUGCCAGAGCGGCAUCCGAACGGGCCGCUUCACCUUCACGAAAUCGUCUUCAAUUUGAUCUCCCGUCUUCAAGUCAAUCGUCAGUGGUACAAACCAGCCCAUCUUCUACUGGCCCUGAACAAUUAGAUAAGAUGGCACAGCCUAAUUUCGAUGAAUCGUUCGACUAUGAUGAAAACCUCGAAAGCUCUGCUACAGCUGAAGAAUGUGUCGUGGUUGAACCGGAAGAGUUUGCACCCUACGUCAGUCCAAGCUCUAGUGUUGAAAUAUUGGAAGAACCCGUAGCUACUCGAGACUCAGAUAGUGUUUUGGAACGAUCCAUUGAAGUGCAAGAUGAAGAGGAAAGCGACGCGGAUAUGGAGGAGGUUGAUGGUAGUGCAGUGACUGUAGAAGAACAGGAUGAUGAGGAAGAUGGACUAGAAGCUCAAGAACCGGAAGAAAUUGCAGUGUUGAAGGCUGUCGGACAGCAGUUAAAACGAAAAAACAAAGAAAUGUAUGUGAGUCACCCCGUUAUAGAAGAGCUCGUAGAAGAACCCGUAGAGGAGCAACAUAUCGAACAGCAAGAUGAAGAAGAGGAAAUAGAUGAAUGUGAAAAAGUUCAUCCUUCAAAGAAUAUUGUGCAUUAUGUGGCUGUGGAGCAACAAGAAGAGGAGGAAGGGGGAAGCAAUCCUGCGCCUGUUGUUGAAACGGUAUCAGAACAAAUUGAGAAGCAGGAUGAAGAGGAGCAGUUUGUUGAUGAAAGAUUGAGUUACAUUGAGCAAGAAGAACAGGAUGACGAUGAUAGUCCAAUGUUUGCGUCUCCAUCCAAUUUGGAGUCCUCAAGUAGUUACAAAUCACAGGAUGGAGGUCUUCAAGCUCCUGCUAUAAACAAAAUAUGCUACGAAUCUAUAAUAGAGAGGACUUCUGAUAACGCUACAAUCGCAGAACCGACCGCAAAUGGCGAUGAAGGGGUUGGACAUGUGACACGCAGCAUCAGGAUCCAGUCACAAUUUGAUGAUGAGGUUGAGAUUACAGAAGUUCACGAUGAGUAUGAUGAAGAUGCAGCAGUAUUGGCUUCUGGAGAUUACGCCACACCUACCGAGAGGAUUCAAUCCGUCACCGUUCCUUCUAAUUUAAAUGGUGGCACCUCUACUGACGGACAUAUCAAACUUGUUGAUUAUUCGCUUCACGAAUCUACAUUCGAGAGCACUCCUAAUCCGACAAAGUCACAGAAG